AGGAAAAAUACUUUGAUGGUGGGAUCUAUCUACAAUUUGAUCCCACAUCAAUUGUCGAUAAGAACCCCGAAGUUGUAUUUGAGAUCGCCUUUACACACGAGCCAUUCCAUGUGCUUUUCUACGAAUGCUGCCACUUUCUGACUAGAUACGUCUCAGAUACUAUCUACUCUAUUGGGAUCUAUAUUCGCCCGUCUACUACUACUUUUGAAAUGAGAUUCUUCGUUCUUCGAAGAAUUUGUCCCUAUAAUGCGAGCGAUGCUCUCUACAUCGGUGAUUUGUACAUACGUCGCAAAAAGGAUCCUAAUCUGUGUUUAUCUACCUGGGUAAAAAUCCCGAAUCGUCUGACGAGGCCAUUUUGUGCCAAAUUCUUUAACACAAAUCUUUGCUACUCGCGACUUUUAACUCAUGCCGAUAUCCUCAACGGAGCGUUCAUUAGAUUUCGCUUAGAUGACCUCGUAUUAGAUCAAGAGAUAGAAUUGUCUAAUGAGAUGCUUCUGGCAUUGUACGGACUAUGGGACGAAUGGAGAGGAAACCAAUAA